AUGCGCAUGCUCUUCCUCGUGCUCGCCGCGCGCUCGGGAGCCGGAGUGGCGGGGUCGGAGCUGCUGCAACGGCGCGAGUGGCCGCGAGGGGUCGUAAUGGGGCUCUCCAGAGGGCGAGACCACUACGCGGUGCUCGCGGCGGCGCACGGGGCAGCUUUGAGCAGUGCAGCGCCUCAGCAGCACCUUCAAGCAGUGCAGCGCAACGCCAGCUGCCUCUCUGGAGCUAUGCGGCGGCUGGCGGGCCUGUGCGAUGGCGCCGAUCCGUGGGCUCGGGACGCGCAGUCGGCUGAGUCCGGGCCCUGCCCCACGCCGCACCAGACAGAGGCGCUGCUCUUCGCCGAGUUCGACAACCGGCUCGGCCGCACACUCUCGCUCCAGGAGCCGCCCGGCUACCUCUCCACCGCUGCCUUUGACGCCGUGUGCGACGUGCUCAUACCGAAGCCGCAACUGAGCGCAACGCGCUCUUAUUCUCGCUCGCCCUCGUCCUCCGCCCGACCGCCGGAGCAGACGGCAGAGGCGGCGGUGGUGGCGAGGACUGUGCCAGCAGGCCACAUCCUGCCGGCGCUGCUGCACGGGCUGCGGCAGGAGGGAGGCUGCACGCUCGCGCUCGACUCGGGGCACACGAUGAGGCUCGAGCUGCCUCCGCCGCCCAGGCCUCCGCCUCCAAAGGUGGCCGAGCACCUUGUCCCGGCGCUGUUGGCGAGGCCGGACGCUCCCACGGCACUGCGACCCUAG